GAGAUAUGUAAAGAGGCUGGCUGUCUCUUUCCCAUCCUCUGUCUGACAGUCUGUACAAUGUGUUAAUCUCUAACCACUUUUAGAAUGUGUAAACUAAAGUGAACUCUUCACUGGAGAGACAGCAUAACAAAAACAAUCAGGAUACGUCUUCCUAAGGAUAUCACCAGCUAGGACAUUUCUCUUCUCUCUCUCUCGCAAUGUUGGAAUCAUGCCUUGUCUCUGAAAACUAUUGGAUUUGACCAUUUCUAUGACUAAAAACUCUUCUGAGACCAGGAUCUUCAUGUGCCAGUAGGUGUGAUUGACAAUCCAGACAACAUGGACAGCCUGAAAAGGAACGUAUUGGAACAUAAUGGACGACAGACUCACCAACACCAGGUCUUACAGAGUACUCCAUUGGACCUGAUCGAGAUGGGCAAGUCACUGAGGUUCCAAGCAGAGCACCCCCACCUGGUCAGUCUGGGUAGUGGCCGUCUCAGCACAGCCGUCACCCUGUUACCACUGCAGGAAGGGAGGACGACCCUGGGCAGUGGGAACACAGACAUCCCUCUGCAGGGUCCAGGCAUCACUGAUCAACACUGCUAUAUCGACAAUAGGGCAGGCAAUAUCACCCUCAACCCCUGUGGGAACCAUUGCUCCAUGGAUGGUCUCCCCAUCUCCAAGCCUGUACACCUUUCACAAGGGUGCAUGCUGUGUUUUGGUCAGUCAGCCUUUUUCCGCUUCAACCACCCAGAAGAAGCCCUCAGAAUGAAGAGCAUGCUGCCUGGAGGAAGCCAGGGGCCCAGCGCCUACAAGAGCCAUCACACAGACUCCCACACGGUGCUUAAUGGGAACCACCAGCCUGCCCCCCAUGAGAGGACCCGUUCCGGCUCUGGCCCACACCCAGGCCCCCUGACCAGCACCAUAGAGAGGGACCUCCAGGACAUCAUGGACUCUCUGGUGAUGGAUGACCCCCAGUCCUCCGGGAAGCUGGCCCACCACCCCAUCCCUCAGUCCGCCCUUUCCCCCAUGCUGAAUGGGGGAGGACGUUUCCUGCUCUACCCUCCCACCAGCCCUGGGGCCAUGUCCAUGGGCUCCAGCUAUGAGAACGCCUCCCCGCCCGGCCCCUUCUCCCCGCUCUCCUCUCCUCUGUCGGCUGCCAGUAGUGAUGCUUUCCCGGGGCCUGAUACUCCUCCAGUGCCUGCCCGCUCCUCCAGCUACACCCUCACCACCCAGACCCCUGUCACCCAGCCACGUACCACCCCUCCUGGGGGCUACAGUGGACCUGCUGAUGUGCAGAGGGUCCCGGAGAGCCCCAGGCCUCUGAGGAGGUCCCUAGCGGAGUCCUUGCCAAGCCCCACUGCUUCCCGUAGAGGUGUGGGUCAGGACAGCCCAGUAGGCAGUUCAGAGACUCCUAAAGCAGUACAUGGACCAUCCCACAUCCCAGUCUCCAGCGGCAGACUAAACUCUAAGUUCUCUGGAUGUCAGGCAUCCACGGCCCCCUCCAGCCCUAGGGUGAGGGUGGGUGGCUUAGGCUCUCGUCCACCCAGCCCCCAGCACCUCUUCCAGGCCCAGUCCCACACAGACAGCCCUCAGCAGACACGUAGGACCCCAGAGCCCUCUGGACCCUCCAGCCUGAGGGAGCUACCCCCUCCCAGCCCCUCCAUGUCUCGUAGAGGGGCUUCUCCAGCACAGGGCUCCCUCCAGGAUAGGGGGCUGCGAGCCAGGAGUCCCUCUCCCACCUCCGGGGGAGGCAGGCAGCAGAAGGGCAGCCCGGGUAUCGCCAUGACACCAGCCUUGGGAUCUCUGUCUGUGUCUGGGACAGGAACUGGGCCCUCUCCUCUCACAAGCCCCCAGGGACAGAGGAAGAAGUCUGGUAGUGCUGGGGCCACCAGGGACCCAGCUGGAGUAUCUAGGGACCCCAAGGGGCCUAUACGGCCCCGGACCCGGGAACGCAAGAACAGCAUCUCAGAGAUCAGUGACAACGAGGAUGAGCUGCUGGAGUACCACCGCUGGCAGAGAGAGGAGAGACUCCGCGAGCAGGAGAUGGAGAAGCUGGAGCGACAGAGGUUGGAGACCAUCCUUAGCCUGUGUGCGGAGUACACCAACUCUCCCCAGUGUCUGGGUGGUGAGACAGGGAGUACAACAGGGCACUUCCCUGGACCAGGGGAGGGGGGCGCUAGAGAGAGACCCUGUACAGAGACAGGUGGUGGGGCGUCUCAGCGAGGAGGAGUGACUCAGAGGCAGAGAGAGAGUGACGAGGAGAACCAGAGAGAGGAGUCCAGCAGCACAGAGAGCACUCACCAGGAGCAGGAAGACUCAGGGUCAGGGUUAGGUCUGGGUGUGUCGGGGUUAGGAUCAGGUGUGUCUGGGCGUCAGGAGCAGCAGUACCUGGAGGAGGAGAGGACCAGGGUUCUGUCCAGGGUGGAUAAGCUGAAAUACAGAGUCACAGAGCUGGAGCAGCAGCUACAGGAGUCCAGACAGGAGGCGGAGAUGGAGAGGGCUCUGCUGCAGGGGGAGAGGCAGGCUGAGCAGGAGCAGGUUGAGGCAGAGACAGAGAUCAUCUCUCAGCUCCAGUCUAAACUCAGCCAGCUGGACAGGGCCACCCAGAGGGAGAAAGACAAGGGGAGGGCUAAUGUGUCUACUGAGCGGCAGCUGCUGGAGAGACUUCAUGAGGGGUACAGUGAGCUGAAGAGCCAGGUUCAUAACUGUCCUGAAUCUCUGAGGGAACAGUUACAGGAGCAGCUACGGAGGGAGGCAGAUGCGCUUGAGGUGGGGACCAAGCAGUUUGAGGACAUGGAGUUCCGUCAGCUGGAGAGAGAGAGCGGUCUGGAGGAAGAGAAGGAGACGCUCAGCAGACAGCUGCUCCUGGAAAGGGCCGAGUACCACCGCAGCGUGGCCAAGAGAAAGGAGAAGAUGGCUGCUCUGGAGGUGCAGGCCAACCAGUUAGGGGUGCAGGCAGCUCAGGACUGUGAGAGGAUGGCUAAAGACAGGACCCUGGCCCUACAGCUGCUUCAUAAAGAGAAGGACAGGCUGUCUACUCUGGAGAAGAGAUACCACACUCUGACAGGAGGACGGAGCUUCCCCAAGCCCUGCAGCACCAUGAAAGAGGAAGUACCAGUGCUGCAUAUCAGCGAACCUGACCUGGUACACGGGGAAGUUGUCCCUCCUCCACAUCCUCCCUGCCCUCCUCCUGCCUCAUUCUCUUCUUCCUCCUCAUACACCCCCUCCCCUGACCUCUGUCCCACCAGGCCACAGGAGGAGUACCUCAGGCUCGCUGAUGUCUAUAAGAUGUAUGGGAGCGGUGGUCCUCUCCCGACCUACUCUACCUCCCCUGCUCCUCACUGCCUCUCUCUCACUGUUGCUGCAGCAGCUCUGCCCGGCGAGGAAUACGUCACAGUUAGCCAGUUAAGCCAGAUGUUGGGGAUGCAGAAACUUGGCCCCUCCCCCGCACUUUCUAUCCAGUCAUUCCAGCUUGCGCUCGCUGACGCUGCCUUCUCCUGCCACACAACUCCAUGUGACACCUCCCCCACUAUCUCAGUUGAGAGCCAGCCUGAGUGGAUUAGACCUCACACCCCGGCCCUUAACUUAGAGCGCUGGUACCAGGACAUAAUGUCAGCAGGGGAGCCCCACCACCAGUCAUGCCCUCCCCCUCUCCCUGCUAAGUCUCACUCCUCACGCAGACCUAGCCAGGUGUACCGGUCAAAACCAGAUGGUGAUGUAGGUCAGACAGCAUCACGCUCUAGUAGUGUCAAUGGUACUGCCAGCCCUCCACAGUCCAAUGGGGUUACACUGGGCCGAAGCACACCCAUCAAGGGUCUCCAGCUGGUGUCCAGGGAGCUGUCGGCAUCAGGCCCUCCAGACAUGGUGAUGGACACCAGGAGACAGCUGUCACUGCAGAGCAAAGGCCCUUCUCCCAUGGUCCACCACUCCAUCCUGCACCACCAGACACCCCCCUCAGGGGACCCGCAGUACGACACCCUCAGCCUGGAGAGCUCUGACAGCGUCGAGACCUCCGUCUCCACCGGCAACAACUCUGCCUGUUCUCCAGAAAGUGGCAGUGGGCUUGAGGCCCUGAGGAUCGAGGAGAUGGAGAAGAUGUUGAAGGAGGCUCAGCAGGAGAAAGCCAGGCUGGUGGAGAGCAGAGAGAGGGAGGUGCAGGCGCGGAGGCAGAUGUUGGAGGAGGAGCGGAGGAGGCGCGAGGAGGCCGAGAGGAGGUUGCAGGACGAGACGACCCACAGGCAGAGACUGGUGGAGGAGGAGGUGAAGAUGAGAGAGAAGCACUUCUCUCAGGCCCGCCCCAUGACACGCUACCUACCCAUCAGGAAGGAGGAGUUUGACUUGCGUUCGCACGUGGAGUCAUCGGGUCACAACGUAGACACCUGUCCCUACGUCAUCCUCUCAGAGAAGAUGUGCAAGGGACACCUGGUCAAGAUGGGUGGCAAGAUCAAGUCGUGGAAGAAACGCUGGUUUGUCUUCGACCGCCUCAAGAGGAACUUCUCCUACUAUGCUGAUAAGCAUGAGUCCAAGCUGAAAGGACUGAUCUACUUUCAGGCUAUAGAGGAAGUGUACUACGAUCACCUGCGCAGUGCCACUAAGAGCCCCAACCCGUCGCUGACCUUCUGUGUGAAGACUCACGACCGGCUCUACUUUAUGGUGGCCCCAUCUCCAGAGGCCAUGAGGAUCUGGAUGGACGUCAUAGUAACCGGGGCGGAGGGAUACACACAGUUCAUGACCUGAGGGACUGAGCUCUCCGGGUGACAGAACUUCCGACAGGGUUGUGUUUGUUAGGGCAUGUAAUGGAAAAACAUUUUUAAACCAUUUGCAACAGAAAACAAAAAUGUUAGUCCUAGUAGUUCCUCUGUUUCAGUCCUUCUUCUUCCGUUUGCUGCCUAAUGAACAUGACCCAGGAGAGCGAGAGACCAUGGGCUUGCUGCUCCCAGAUUUCUGUCUGCAGUGCUGCACUCCACUACUGCUGUUCUUUGAGUCCUUGUUUAUUUGGCCUUUAUUUAACUGUGCAAGUCAGUUAAUAAGAACAAAUUAUUUUUUCAAUGACGGCCUAGGAACAGUGGGUUAACUGCCUUGUUCAGGGGAAGAACGACAGAUUUUUACUUUGUCAGCUCGGGGAUUCGAUCUUGCAGCCUUUCGGUUACUAGUCCAACGCUCCAACCACUAGGCCUACCUGCCACCCCUGUACCUUUCAGACGUAUAGACCUCUGUAACUCACAUGGAUAGGAUGCGAAGUUAUCCAAUAUACAGGUAACUGCAUAAAUUAAAGGAAACACUUGAGAAAAUUUGGGAUAAUUAAGCAAUUAACGUCCCAUCAUGCUUAGGGUCAUGUACAGUAUAAAAAUGCCUGGUUGCUGAUUAUUUUGGCUAUGUUGGCUAGAAUAGGAGAUCUCAGUGACUUUGAAAGAGGGCUCUCAAAGGAGCACUGCCUCCCGAGGGGCAUAGCAGUCUAAGGCACUAGCUGUGUCACUACAGAUCCUGGUUCGAUUCCAGGCUGUGUCGCAGCCGGCUGCGACCGGAUGACCCAGCAUCAUGGUUCAGCAUUGUCUGGGUUAGGGGAGGGUUGGGCUGGCCGGGAUGUCCUUGUCCCUUCACUCUCUAGCAACUCCUGUGGUGGGCUGGGCGCAUCCAGUGCAACUUGGCGGGGUCGUGUUUUGGAGGAUGCACAGCUCUCGACUUUCGCCUCUCCCGAGUCCGUACGGGAGUUGCAGAGACUGUAACUACCAAUUGGAUACCAUGAAAUUGGGGAGAAAAGUGGUGGGGGGGGGGGGGGAUAAAGAAGCAUAUGGGGUUUAGAGGGUGUGUGUGUGUGUGUGUGUAAGUCGCUCUGGAUAAGAGCGUCUGCUCAAUGACUAAAAUGUAAAUGUAUAUAUAUCUCAGUCACCAGAUCUCAACCCAAUUGAACACUUAUGGGAGAUUCUGGAGCGGCGCCUGAGACAGCGUUUUCCACCACCAUCAACAAAACACCAAGUGAUGGAAUUUCUCACGGAAGAAUGGUGUUGCAUCCCUCCAAUAGAGUUCCAGACACUUGUAGAAUAUAUGCCAAGGUGCAUUAAAGCUGUUCUGGCGGCUCGUGGUGACUCAACGCCCUAUUAAGACUCUUUAUGUUGGCGUCUCCUUUAUUUUGGCAGUUACCUGUAGCUUUUCAGAGGUAGCCCUGGGUCUCAGACCAGUAAAGAUCAUAAAGGAAGAAAGGUUUUUACAUACGAUACAUAAAGGGAUGUGUUUUUACUCACUCUGUUUCAUAUAACAGUCAGUUUAAGGGCUCUAUUCAAUCUGUAUCGCAGAAGUUCAACAUUACAGGGUGAUUGCAAUGUAAAGGCAAUGUUCCUGCAUUUAGCGGAGACUACAUUCAUGGUAAACACUGCGUAUGGCGGCUCAGUCUGAAAUUACUUUUACAUUUCUAACGCUUCAGUGACACAGAUUGAAUAGAGCCCCUAAAGCGCUGUAUUCAUAUUAUAGAAUUUUAGCCAGACUAGCUAAAUUAGAGUUUAUACUACCUGACUGUCUCUGGAUCUAUAAAGGGAACUUUAUAAAGACAAUAUGAAAAUUUGUAAAUGAUCAUUUCCCUUUUUUUGCCAAAUGUUUUUAACAGAGUGUAUGUGCUACUAUAUUGCCUCUGAAAAUAAUUCCUAUUUUAUUGAAUUUGUCUAAUAUUUGAUUAACUAGAAGUCAUCAUAUUAAUGGCAUAUUAUUUAGAUUUCACUCAUUGUGAUGAACUCUAAAUCUUUGUGCCAGCUAUUGUAUGCUUUAUGUAUGUUUGACAGACUGUCAGAAAAAUUGUAUUAGUUUUUAUAUUAUUUUCAAGACUUUUCAUAUGGAAAAUAACAUAACACGAGCACACCAACAUUUAAAACCAGUCUUCUACACUGCGAACAGUGCGGUACUGACAGUGUUGACACUUUCUCCACAUAAACACUUUUAAAUAAAAUUUGCAAAUGCAUAUUUA